GUGAGCCGUCACCUUUUUCUUCCUUCAUAUUCACGACCAAAUCCACUCACAUUUGCAAGAGAUCACUUCUCUAAGCUUAACUUUCUCUCUUAAAUUUUUUAUCUCCUGUCUCAUAUUUCUUGUUCUAUCUCUCUCUGCAAAGUUUCAUGGCUCAUACUUCUCUGCAAAUCUGCAUGGAUUCAUCCGACUGGCUUCAGAGCACAUUGUCAGAAGAAAUAUCAACAAGCCGGCUAGACUCAUCAUCCUCACCCUCAGGAGGAACCACAACAGACUGUAUGUUAGCUGCAGCUUGUUCUUCGAGAACCGGACCGCCAUUAAUGGACAGAAGAUUGAGACCACCCCAUGACCAAAACCCAAAAUGUCCAAGGUGUGAUUCAAGUCACACCAAAUUUUGCUACUACAACAACUACAGUCUAUCACAGCCUAGGUACUUUUGCAAGACUUGUAGGAGGUAUUGGACUAAAGGGGGAACCCUUAGGAACAUUCCAGUUGGAGGUGGGUGUAGAAAGAACAAGAAAUCAAGCUCUAAAAAGUCCAAUGAUCCACAAAACCAACCCAUUAACGGGUCAAUCACGGGCCUCGGCCCACCCUCUAAUUCUAAUCCUGUUGAUCUCCAACUCUCAUUCCCUCAUGAAGUGCAAUUUCCUCCUCACAUCGCUAACCUAAUCGGGGCACAAAUCGGGCUUGGAGGGGGGAGUUUCAUGGAGGAAGGGCUAAUUAGGCCCAUUGAUUUCAUGGAGAGUAAGUAUGAGGAUUUGGUAGGAGGUAGUAGAGGGCAUGAUCAUAUCAUGGGGAGUGAUCACUUUAGUCUAUUGGGUGGAACUGGACUAGGUUACAAUAGUAAUGAGAGCAAUACUACUACUACUACUACUUUUGGUGGUAUUUAUUCUUCUGAUUCUCCUUUUGCGUUGUCUUCUAAUGAAAUUCAUGAUGAGAAUCCAGGAAUUAGCUUCAUGAAUCAAAGAAUGUUGCUCCCAUAUGAUGGGAACAAUCAUCAUCAUCAAAGUGGAGUAGAUGUGAAACCUAACCCAAAGGUUUUGUCCCUUGAAUGGCAAGACCAAGGUUCUAACAAUGUUGCCAAGAACACAUCUUUUGGGUACAAUGUCAAUGGUACUAGUGGUGCCCUUUACUCAUGGAGUGGCUUUAUGGGUGGUUUUCAAUCACCUACCACAAACCCAUUAGUUUAAAUUAAACUCGGUUUUUAUCUGAACAAUAUUUAACUUCUACUUACCAUCUAAAACAACUUAUCUGCAACAAAUCAAACAUCUCUAUAUUGACCAAUGCAAGAUCGAGUAUAGUCAUAAUUUUUUCUUAUUCUUAAUAUUACUUCAAACGUCCUUAGUUAUUUUUCCCUUUAAUGUAUUAGAUGUAAUGAAGAUUGGUUGAAUCUAGUAUGUAUGCCUCUCAAGUCACAAUGUAAACAUAGGUUUUCUUAAUGAGCCAAAGGUCUUAAAAAAAAGGGCAUGUACUAUGUAGAGAAGGUGGGUCAUGCAUGUACUCCAAAUAGAAUGACAAGCAAACAUGAUGAAUUGAUGAUAAUGUGAACGAAAGCUUCUUCAAGUCAAAAAGGGAGUACAUACACACUACUCACUAUAAAAGACUGCCUAAGAAAUAUUAAUGUUAGUCCUUGUGAUUUUGCUUUCAUUCCAUUUUGUUGUUAUCUUUGUUGGAAGACAAGCUGAGGUUGUUGAGAUUUUAUUGUCCACGAGGAAAGAUCCUAAAUAUAUAUUAAUGUAAUAUUGUGUACGUUUAAUACACAAAAUUCAAGUUGUUUAUUUGUACUUGACAUUUGACAAUAUGUUUAUAUAUGUUAAUGAUGAAUGUAGUUUUCUUU